AUGCGACCAUCCAGUACACCAUCCAGUACACCAAACCAAAGCGAAGAGUACAGUUGUGUCGCUUGUCAAAGACCGGACUCAGCCGAUAAUAUCGUAGCCUGUGACAAGUGCGAUCAGUGGUGGCACUAUUCGUGCGCCGGGGUCACUGACUCUAUCAAGGAUCGACCUUGGACUUGCCCCAAGUGUUUGCCAACACCCGCUACAUCGACAACAACAACUUCUUCAAGCCGCCGCACCAGAUUAGAGCUCAGUCUCAAGCAUUUGGAAGAGCAAAAGGAAAUAGCGGAAAAAAGAAUAAAUUUGGAAGAUAAAUUUCUGGAAGAACGCUUCCGGAUUAUAGUAGAAUCUCUGAGUGAAGACGGAAACCGUAGUGCUCGCAGUAGAGUCAAUACCACAGAAAUACGUGAACGUAAUUCAGAUAUUACGAACUGGGUACAGAGCCAAUCCAAACGUACGGUGAUCGAACCUCAGCCGCCUACGGAUCCAGCUUUUCCCUCCGUCUCAAUUCAACCGCUCGAGCUCGAAACAGCUGUUGGGAGUCGAAUACAGUCCAGUGAAUCAACCAUCAACAAGCCAGAAGAAGUACGUACACAAACAUUUCAAUCCUUAGAGCAACUAUUGCAGAAAUGUCGGUUAAGCUCCCAGCCCAAUAUAGAAGAUAUUCGAGAGCUCCAAGCUCAACUGGCGAAAUGUCAAAAUCAACUUGACAAGCACAGCAGUACAUUCCCCAAAUCUCAGUUAGCGGUUGAUCCGCCUGUGCCUCCAGGAACCUCUAAAGGUGCUGUCCCAAAAAGGGACAAUCGGCCAGAAAAUCGCCCUUCGGAAAAUUUGAUCUUGAAUGACAUAAGGACGCAAGAAAGAACAGUGAUCGAACAGUCAAUCCCGGAAUAUUCAGUGCAACGAACCGGCUUUGCCAGAAAUUUACCAUUGGUAGGCAAAAGUGUUUUUCCUGUUGGUCAAAACGGAAACCAACCAUACAAGUUACACUCCAGGCAACCCGAACCAUUUGCUCUUGCAGACCAAGUCUCUCCUCCACAAGGUGGCGAUUCCAACCUGCUGGCAAACCAACACACUCGGCAUUAUCAAGGACAUCCGACUGAUAACAUACUACCUUACCGGCCAAACCAAAACUUGGAAACGGAAAACUCGCAGCUGAAUAAAUACCAAAUGAAUCCCGUACCUCUCCAUUCCGUGACCGAGCCGACGUGUAUAUCUCGACCUACGGCAGCCCAACUAGCAGCGAGGCAGUCGGGGACACGAGACCUGCCGGAAUUUUCAGGCAACCCUGAGGAUUGGCCCAUUUUUAUUAGUUGUUACAACAAUUCUACCUCAAUGUGUGGGUACAACAAUUCCGAAAACCUGUUGCGCUUGCAGCGUUCACUGAAAGGGCACGCCCUCAACGCUGUUCGCUACUAUAUGCUCUCACCUGACACCGUAGCCGAAGUCAUUAACACUCUCCAAACACUCUAUGGUCGACCGGAAACGAUAAUUAACCGAUUAAUAAAAAAUGUAAGAGAUGCACCGACGCCAAAAGCAGAUCGUCCAGAAACAUUGAUAGAUUUUGGGGUUACAGUUAGAAACCUGGUACAACACUUGGUAGUAUCUGGACAUCAUGCACAUCUAUCCUGCCCAUUGCUGCUUCAAGAAUUUGUGCUCAAGCUCCCCUCCUGCUUCCAAUAUGAAUGGGGUCAACUACUUGUAUUAAACCCUAUGGCAGACCUAUCCACUUUCAGCAAUUUCAUGUCGAACAUUAUCCAGUCAGCCAGCAAAGUUGUAAUAUACACUGGAAGUCAAGCUAAUCGUCAUGAAAAGAACAGAAGUCGUGAUAGCAAUUACCUCCACACUCACAUCGAAACCAGCGUAAACCAGAUGGAAAUAUCCUGUUUCUGUUGCCAAGAAAGCGGACACCGGGUAAGAGAAUGCAAGAAGUUUAAAGACAGUACAGUCGAGAACCGCUGGAGAUGUGUAAAAGAAUCUAAGUUGUGUAGAACAUGCCUGGGUCUACAUGGUAGAAGACCUUGUCGAUUCCCAAACCGUUGCGGCGUAGACGGAUGUACCCGUUGGCAUCACCCUCUUCUACACUCCUCUCAAACUGGCACCGAAAGUACCGACCAGCAGGCUAAUAUUGAGCACCAUACACAUCAUCACGGCGGUCAGUCGUUAUUAUUUCGUAUCAUUCCGAUAACCAUUCACGGAAGUUCUAAAUCCCUUACUGUGUUCGCCUUUCUAGAUGAAGGGUCUUCGGCCACUUUGAUCGAACAAGAUCUGGCACAAGAACUUGGAAUUGAAGGCCCGACCGUACCACUCUGCCUCAAAUGGACUGCAGAUGUCACCAGAUCGGAGGAGAAAUCACAAAUGGUGGCUUUGUGUAUUUCUGAAGUCGGCAAAAAUAUCCGUUUCCAUAUAAAAAACGUUCGAACAGUAAAUCGUUUAAAUCUACCAGCUCAAACGCUGCGAUUUACGGAACUAGAAGAAUCAUACGACCAUUUGAAGGGAUUGCCGGUUGUGAGUUAUGAAAACGAGACGCCUAAAGUCUUAAUAGGCCUCCAACAUUGGAAGCUGGCUAUUCCACGAAAGCUUAAAGAAGGAACUACUGGUCCCACAGCUUGCAAGACUCAAUUGGGAUGGUGUGUGUUCGGCGAUGUUAGAGGAUCACGUGUAAGCGAAUGUUUAAAUUACCAUCUGUGCGAAUGCUCGAAAAUGGAAGAACUCGACGAAUUGGUGAGGAAUUAUUUCAAUAGAGAGGACUGUGGUGUUACACCCAAGGAAAAGCUGGAAUCUGUGGAAGAUAACCGAGCUAGAACAAUUCUAGAAAAAUCAACUCAAAAGAUUGAUGGACGAUAUCGAACUGAGCUUUUGUGGCGGUAUGAUAAUUUCGAACUACCUGAUAGCUAUGCUAUGGCUAAGGCAAGAUUGGAGUGCCUAGAGCGGCGGAUGCAACGUAAUCCAGACCUUAGAACCAACAUUCAUCGGCAGAUAGAAGAAUAUCAACUGAAGGGAUACGCACAUCGCGCCACUCAGAGAGAACUUGAUAUGGCAAAUCCAAAACGGAUUUGGUACUUGCCCCUCGGUGCAGUUACGAACCCGAAAAAGAAAGGCAAAGUUAGGCUUAUCUGGGACGCAGCUGCAAAAGUUGACGGUGUGUCACUCAAUUCGCUCCUACUAGCAGGUCCAGACUUACUUACGCCACUGUCAUCGGUUCUUUUUCGUUUCCGUCAGUUUCCGGUAGCUGUCAGCGGGGACUUAAAAGAGAUGUUCCACCAGAUUGAGGUGGCGGAAAAGGAUCGUCAUUCCCAACGGUUCCUUUGGAGAAAUAAUCCCGAUAAAGAACCUGAAAUAUUCCUGAUGGACGUAGUAACAUUCGGAGCAAAGAGCUCACCCACGACCGCUCAAUAUAUCAAAAACCGCAAUGCCAUGGACUUCCAGGAACAGUAUCCUAGGGCUGUAGAAGGGAUCUGUCAGGCCACAUAUGUUGACGAUUAUCUCGACAGUUUCGAGACUAGUGAGCAUGGACAGAAGGUUGCCGCAGAAGUGAAAAUGAUACAUAGCCAAGGAGGGUUUGAGAUUCGUAAUUGGGCCUCAAACGACAAGGCAAUUCUUAACACGUUGGGGAAAUCCCAAAAUAGUAACGCUAAGGACCUCGCUUCCUCGGAACACGGGACAGAACGAGUUUUAGGUCUGCUGUGGGAACCGGCAGGUGAUUUUCUGAGCUUCUCUACCCACUUUCAAAAAGAUAUCGCUACCUUGAUUGCCAAGCAUUCCAAACCCACCAAGAGACAAGUCUUAAAAUGCUUGAUGAGCCUCUUCGACCCUCUUGGCCUUCUUUCAUCAUACUUAGUUCACGGAAAGGUCCUAAUGCAGGACAUAUGGAGAACGGGUAUAAAAUGGGAUAAAUAUGUGAGCGAUGAAAUUUUCAAACGAUGGACUGUGUGGAUAGAAUCCCUGAACAAGCUGGGCGCUAUAAAAUCCCUCGAUGCUAUUUUCCAGAUGCUAGCGAAGAUCUUUAUAAAACCUUAG